UGGUGACUGGUAGAAAGAGCUUGAAUAAACCCCUCCUUUUUUCCCUCUUUUUUUUGUAUCUCAUAUCUACAUACUUACUUGCAUACAAACAUAUAUACGAACAUACAAACAUACACAUAUCUGAUAUCUGUAUACAGUGAAUCUAUCAAGUAAAGAAAGCCAUUCUAUUUGCAGACCUUUCGGAAAAACUAGGAAUACCUCUCUUGUCUUUUCGGAGAAUUUAUUGCUAAAGAGGGAAUAUAAAGUUCCCCCUAAACCUUAUAAUCAACAACACCAAUAAAACUCUACAACAUGCCUCAAGCAACCGAACUCAAAGCAUGGAGUGCUCUCCAAUCUCACCAUGACAGCGUUGGCCGCAACAUUAUCCUCAAGGAAGAAUUCCAAAAGGACCCUCAACGAUUCGAGAAAUUUUCCAAAACCUUCAAGAACACUGCCGACAACUCGGAGAUUCUCUUUGAUUUCUCCAAGAAUUUGAUCAAUGAAGAUACAAUCAAGGCAUUGGUGGCCGUUGCAAAAGAAGCCGGAUUGGAGAAGUUGCGCGAUGAGAUGUUUGCGGGUGAGAAGAUCAACUUCACUGAAGAUCGUGCUGUUCUUCAUGUUGCAUUGAGAAAUGUCACCAGUGAUCCAAUCAACGUGGAUGGAAAGGAUGUUAUGCCAGGUGUUAACAAGGAGUUGAAGCACAUGGAGGAAUUCUCGGAACAAAUUAGAAGUGGAGAGUGGAAGGGUUACACUGGAAAGCCUUUGACUACCAUUAUCAACAUUGGUAUUGGUGGCUCUGAUCUUGGUCCAGUUAUGGUUACUGAAGCUCUCAAGUACUACGGUGCUAGAGAACAAACCCUUCACUUUGUUUCUAACAUUGAUGGUACACACAUGGCUGAGGCAUUGAGAGAUUCUGAUCCAGAAACCACUCUUUUCUUGGUUGCUUCCAAGACCUUCACCACUGCAGAGACUGUUACCAAUGCCAACUCCGCAAAGGAGUGGUUCUUGAAGAAGACCGAUGGAAAGGGUGAUAUCGCUAAACACUUUGUUGCUCUCUCUACCAACGAAGCCGAAGUUACCAAGUUUGGUAUUGAUGCUAAGAACAUGUUUGGUUUCGAAAGUUGGGUUGGAGGCAGAUACAGUGUUUGGAGUGCAAUUGGUUUGAGUGUUGCUAUUCACAUUGGAUUCAAGAAUUUCCAUGAGUUGUUAUCUGGAGCACAUGCUAUGGAUAUGCACUUCAAGAACACUCCACUCGAGGAGAACAUUCCAGUUAUUGCUGGUCUUUUGAGUGUUUGGUAUUCUGAUUUCUUUGGUGCUCAAACUCAUUUGGUUUCUCCUUUCGAUCAAUACCUCCACAGAUUCCCAGCUUACCUUCAACAACUUUCUAUGGAAUCUAACGGUAAGGCUGUCUCUCGUGAUGGAAAGAUUGUCAAGUACACAACUGGUCCAAUCCUUUUCGGUGAACCAGCUACCAAUGCUCAACACUCUUUCUUCCAACUUGUACACCAAGGUACUAAGUUGAUUCCAACCGAUUUCAUCAUGGCCGCUGAAUCGCACAACCCAAUCGAUAACAACAAGCACCAAAAGAUGUUGGCAUCAAACUUCUUCGCUCAAGCUGAAGCUCUCAUGAUUGGAAAAGGAGAAGAUGAACUCAAGGCUGAGAACACCCCAGCUGAAUUAUACAAGCACAAGACAUUCUUGGGUAACAGACCAACCACAUCAAUCCUCGCCCAGAAGAUUACCCCAGGUACUCUUGGUGCCUUGAUUGUUUACUACGAACAUCUCACCUUCACUGAGGGAGCUGUCUGGAACAUCAACAGUUUCGAUCAAUGGGGUGUUGAGUUGGGUAAGAGCUUGGCUAAGAAGAUUCAAGCCGAGUUAGAUGUUAGUGGUAAUGUUGGAGAGCAUGAUAGCAGUACUGGAGGAUUGAUUGCUGCUUUCAAGAAGAAGGCCAACAUCUAAAUGAGAACUGGAAGUGAUUGGGAUUAUACAAUGGGAUAACCAGCAUGUGGUAAUGGUGAAAUAAGGACGGAAAGGGAAAGGAUUUUCUCGAUAUAGUAAAUUGGGGGAAAUAAAAAAUAGGAUGAGGAGAUGAAUUUGCAACUGGAUAUUUGAAUGAAUGAAUGAUGGUUGAUUAGUUAAAGAUAUGAUACGGUUAUGAAAUGAAUGAAUAUGAAUGAAUAUGAAUAUCAAAUCAUUUUUGAA